AUGGAGACUAUGCAGAUCAGCACUCCCCCCGCCGCCAUGAAUGGUGCACAGCCAAAAGGCUUGUGGUCGCGGGAUGAACAUUCCAGGAACGUAAAGAAUGUCAGUCGUGAUAAUGGUGGGUCGCGACAACCUCGGAGAUCGAGGACUUUGCACGAGGAGUUCCAAACUCCAGCCAUGCCAUAUGGGUUUGGCGAGGUCCACCUCCCCUCGAACUACCAGGUCCACGCCCAGGACCACUAUAGGGCUAUGAACGGUCUGCCGUCGCCCAUCUCGGAAGUCCCGCCAGCUCUCGAGAAUGGCGAUUACAUGAUGUCGCUGUCGAUUACAUCGGACUCUUCGGAGAGAAGCUCAUCCUCCAGGGUAGCUGAGCAGGCGCCUCAGCCCGUCUCAAGGAUACGCCAACUUCGUCCUACACUCCCCCCACCCCGCCGUUCCUACUCAGUGACGGACCAGGAGCCGGUGCCACAUCACCACCGGCUCUCAUCUGUCAUGACACUGCUUGAUCUGCCAGGCGAAGUCCACUACGCAAUUUUUGACUUCCUGGAUCCUCUGGACAGCACUUGCUUUGGUCUCACCAACAGGCACAUGUAUGGGAUUCACAGACGAUUGCACGGUACGGUCCCCCUCUCUAUUCGCCGUGCAGGUCCCAACGACAUGGAAUGGGCUUGGCAUCGGGUCGGACAGUCGACCGCCGUCACCGCCGCGAAGCCUGCCGCUGCCGUGGCUGCCACUGAGGGCGAGGCCGCGGCUGACGACAAGGAACGCAAGGCUCUCGAGAAGACGGAGAUUACUGCCAUGAGGGUGCGUGGACAAGCCUAUUGUCGCAAGUGUGGAAUCUCCCGCUGCGAGUUGCACAAACACAUCCGCGACUGGAUGGGCGAGAACUACGAGUACUGUAGCGUUCGGCAAAAGUUUGGGCCCAAGGCUCCCGAGGGCGCUAGGAGCUUUUGCUACCUGAGCAACCCCAAGAAUCCGGGCCGGUGUGGUCGCCAUCGAGUUGCGAAGGCGCAACCACCGUCGAAUUCUGUGCAAUUUUGA